AUGGAUCCCCUUGCUGUCAGUGAUUCGUUCUUGUAUACACACACAAUGUAUUGCUUCCGCCAAGCAGCCUCUCGGCUGUUAAUUGCUCCUAGCAGAGUCGCCAUUCGCUCUGUACCGCGCUCCAACGCGUCCAGCCCGUUGCGCCUUGCUUUCGCCAGCAGACCCGUCCAGUCUCAGCUUCAAAGCCGGUGGAACAGCGACGAUGCUCAGAACAAGCCCGUAGCUCCCAGCACCACUGGGCAGUCUCCCGAGAUCAGCAACGAGAGCAUCGCCGAGGCUGUUUCGCAGUACGCCGAUCAGAAGGAGAACUCUUCUGAGCAGGCCGCUGCCCCUGAGCAAGCUGCUACCGAGGAGUCUUUCGCUUCGGAAGCUCCGAGACAACGUUUCUACCAGCGGGAUCAAGAUGGCAAUGGCGGAUCUGGUCUCCGCAGAUACAGAGGAGCUAUCAACCGGGAGGAGCCGCAGCCGAAGACCACCAUCUUCGUUGGCAACCUUUUCUACGACGUCACGAGCGAUGAUCUCAGACGAUUCUUCACCAAGUUCGGAGAUGUGCAGAGAGUGAAUCUCAUCCACGACCAGCGGGGAAUCAGCAAGGGAUUCGGUUACGUGGAUUUCGAGUCGAUCGAGUCGGCUCAGCGUGCCAUCGAAGAGAUGCACCUGCAGAUCUUCGAGGGCCGUCGUAUCAGCGUUAUGUUCGCGCAGAACGGCAUGAAGAAGCACAAGGUGUCGCCCCCUUCGAAGUCGCUCUACAUCGGCAACCUGCCCUUCGAGAUGACCGACCGUGAUCUCAACGAUCUGUUCAACGACGUGGUCAACGUCAUCGAUGUGCGCGUGGCGAUUGACCGCCGCACCGGACAGCCCCGUGGCUUCGCCCACGCCGACUUCGUUGACCUCGAGAGCGCGUGCAAUGCCAUGGAGAUCCUCAGCAAGAAGAUGCCCUAUGGAAAGAAGCUGCGCCUGGACUACAGCUCCAAGCACAAGGGCAUUAACAACCCUAACUCGCGGCGGGUGGAGGAGGAGCAGCAGCAGCAGCAGCAGCAGCAGGAGUAGGGGCUGAGUCUUUAUUCCAGAUAUUCCACUUGGUCUACACUGGGGUUUAAUAGACUGGAGUGUAUAUCAAGCUAAUCUUUCUCAUGUAUAUUACAAAAUUAUGUCGUACAGUCCAUUCCAUUCUCACUUCCUG